UUGGAUUCCAAAGCACAGGGCGAAUUAAAGGAGGGUAUAAAGAUUUAUGAAUCAGAACCUGGACUGAAGAAAUCCUGGGACAAUGUCCAAAAAAUGUUCAAAUGCUGUGGAGUAACUAACAAAACAGAUUGGUAUGAUGUGCUCAAUGGAACGCUGCCUUCUUCCUGCUGCUCUGUUGGGACAGACCAGUGUGUUGACGGAUGGAGUGAGCCAUGUUAUCAGAAGGCCAGACAAUGGCUGCUAGAUAACAUCCCCUCGGUCCUGGUGUUCGGAGUGUGUAUUGGUGUUGUGCAGAUUUUGGCCCUGGUGUUCUCAAUGCUGAUGUACUGUCAAAUCCUGUGCGCUGAGAAGCACUUGGACUGACUGAAGAUGUUCACGAAGAUGUUCACUGGCCUGUGAUGGGAAGGCUUAUCACGAUCUCAAUAUACCCCCAAAACUGAUUUGCAUUUUACAAACCUCCAAUUUGCUCCAGUGGUCACUUUGGGGUGAAUCCUGCUGAAAUUGUUGCAUUUCAAAGUCCCCUGAAGAUUCCCCCAAAAUUUACAUCUUGACUAAAGCUACUGGUGGGUGCAGUCAACACUGGCCACAUGGACAUAGACAGUAGUAGACGGAGGAGGUAAUAUCAUGAACAUAAUGACUGUUUAACCUUACAUUACAGUAUAUCAGAUCAGUACAACUAGAAUCCAUUAGCCUCCAGACAAAACAAGUUACAGUUACCUUCAUGCAAUGCUCCUGCAGAGUUACCAGGGGAAACAAGUAAAAAAAAAAGACAUAUCUGUCUCCUUAAUUCAUAUGUUAUAAAUUAGAGUUGCACGAUACCCACGGUAUACACGGUACCUCGCGGUGCCAAAUCAUAACCGUCGCUACUAUACUAGAAAUUUUACACGACGGUACUACCGUGGAUUACUAUACUAC